UCUCUAUAAUUCCGUUUCUUUCCUCCAAAGGCCUACAACUCUCUCCCUAUAUAUAUCAUCUUGCAUCGCCUCUAAUACGCUUGUUAAAAUUUCCAUCAUGUCGAACGUCCCAACAUCUCUUUGCGAGUCCUCUUUCACCCUUUUCUGCCUCGCAAUAUCGAGUUCCGAUCCGUGGCCCUUCUCGCUUUAGUCCAUAAGUUAGUCUCUCUCUGAUCCCUUUCUUCUAGUUUUCUUCUUAUCGUGCUGUUUGUUACCUUCCUUGGGGAUAAGGACUGAAGGCAAGGAUCACCACCACCAUCAAAACCGGCUGUUUAGCUUCCGCGUCCACAUGGGAAGCGAGAAGGGGGCUUCGAGGAAGCCGCCCAAAGGGUUCGUGGGAGUAAAGGUGGGGAUAGAAGGGGAGGAAGAGCAGCAGCGAUUCAUGGUGCCGGUGGAGUACUUGAAGCAUCCGCUCUUCGUGGGGCUUCUCAACGAGGCGGAGAGGGAGUAUGGGUUCGACCACCCGGGGGCCGUCACCAUCCCAUGCCGUGUCGACCGCUUCCGCUACGUCCAGGGCAUCAUCGACCGCGACAGCAGUGCCGGUCGACGAGCCCAGCACCGCCAACACCGCGGCUUGGCCUACUUCGCCGGUUGUUUUAGGGCUUGACGGCAAAACAUAGAACAAGAGCUUAGUUAUUGUUUUUUUUUUUCUUCUUUUUUUCUUCUUUUUUUUUCUGGAAAUUGAAAGGUGUUCUG